AUGCGAAUUAAUGUGUGUCAACAGAACACGUCUAGAAAUGUAAUCAAACUACAUCCCAGAGCUUUAAAUGGACCAAGAAUAACAAACAUUUCUGAUGCUCUUACCACUAUAUGUGGUACUGGAUUUAGUUUAAAGAUUAUAAACGGUAAUCAUCCUCAUUUACAAACGCAGAGACGUAAACAGACUACUUAUUCUAGUAUACCUCAUGUUGGCGAUGAUCAGAACGAUAAAGAUAAUGGUGGUAGUCAGGAUAUAGUACAGAAUGAAUCUACACAGCCGCAUUCAACUGUACUUUUAGCAAACGCAGCAACUCCAGGUGACACAGCAGUUAUUAAUGACGUCACUGCAUUGGUAAAUACAUCAUCUGAAUGGAAUGAUAGAAGGCUUACAGAAGAUAAUAUCAACGACAACAAUGAUGACAACUUCUCAUGGAGCGUUUAA